ACCGGUGUCAUCAGCAGCCGUCCGGCUAGAUUUGCUGCUAGCCACAGUGUAUCAGCUGUCGUUUGACGGGAUGUUCGUAUAGAUGACCGUUUGCCCUGCUCGUAAACCCAGCUCCCUGAAGAUGUGCCGCUGAAGAAUGCGCUAGAUAUUACGUCUGCAGUGAGUUUGAAAACUCUCUUGUCAUCCGGUUUGUCAUGGAGAAGCCCUGGAGGUUGUGGGGGCCACUGGAGGCGUGUUUGCUGAGCGUGUGCGCAUGGUCAUGGGGAUUCUGCCGCGUCUCCCUGCUGGCCCUGAUUCUCACCUUCCACCUGUACGGCGGCUUCGUACUGCUGGGACUCAUCCUGGCAUCGUUAGCCGGCAUCCUGUACAAGUUCCAGGACGUGCUUCUCUACUUCCCUGACCAGCCCUCAUCUUCGCGUCUGUACGUUCCCAUGCCCACAGGAAUACCGCACGAGAAUGUGUACAUCCGCACCAAAGAUGGCAUCCGGCUCAAUCUCAUCCUGCUUCGUUACACUGGUGAAAACCCAGCCGGCGCUCCUACAAUUUUAUAUUUUCAUGGAAACGCUGGGAAUAUCGGCCAUCGUGUCCCAAACGCUCUCCUCAUGCUGGUCAACCUAAAGGCCAACGUGGUUCUGGUGGACUAUAGAGGCUACGGAAAAAGCGAAGGAGAUCCCAGCGAAGAUGGACUCUACCAGGAUGCAGAGGCUACGUUGGAUUACGUCAUGACCCGGCCGGACAUCGACAAAACAAAAGUUGUGCUGUUUGGCCGAUCUUUGGGCGGUGCGGUAGCCAUUCGCUUGGCAUCAUGCAACCCGCACCGAGUGGCCGCCAUCAUGGUAGAAAACACUUUUUUGAGCAUCCCGCACAUGGCGGCCACCCUCUUCUCCUUUUUCCCCAUGCGCUACCUACCGCUCUGGUGCUACAAGAACAAGUUCCUGUCGUAUAGACACGUGGUGCCCUGCCGCAUGCCAUCGCUCUUCAUCUCGGGCUUAUCAGACCAGCUCAUCCCGCCGGUGAUGAUGAAGCAGCUGUACGAGCUGUCUCCAUCUCGGACUAAACGCCUUGCCAUUUUUCCAGAGGGCACGCACAACGACACAUGGCAGUGCCAAGGUUAUUUUUCUGCCCUAGAGCAGUUUAUGAAGGAGCUGCUUAAAAGCCAUGCACGUGAAGAGACGACCCAGGGGACUGCCAGCGUCACCAUAAUCUAGAACAGGAACUACUGCGCUAAAUCGGGACCCUCUUGAAUAGAAUGUACAAUUUGUUUCUCACAUUUUGUUAUUCCUUUUUCGUCCCCCAACUUCGUAUAAAGCUCUUUUUUUUCUGUC